AUGCCACCCGCUGAAGGUUACGAUGAUGACCGCCAUAAGAGGGAAGAGGCCGAGCGUCGUGAAAGAAGAAAGGCUUCCAAAUCACAAAAAUCUGAUGCCCAAAGAGAAAAAGAACGAAAACGAAAAGAGCACGCCCUUAAGAUUUUGGGUAAACAAGCUGGAGGAGAUCGUAAACGAUCCAAAUCACCAGGAGCGCCCCCUCCGCCAGCAAAGAAAUCUAAAUUCCAAGACUUGUUUGCACAGAGAGCACAGGGGUUUCAAAUUGAUUUUAAAUUUCGCAACGCUCCUCCACGACCGCCUGUAGGACCUUGCUUUGUUGGAAAUGGAUUGGAAGGUGUCUUGCAUGAUAUCAGUCAAUACAAACCUCUCAAUGCGGUGGAAGUCAACUAUAGUUGGAAACUACAUUCGGAACGAGAUUUGGGAGUUCCAUUGGCACCAUCUGCCAUGGACCCUCAACUUUACAAACCUCCAUCCACGGGGACACCGACACUGGAUGCGGCAGAUGAAAAUCUACUGAAUUGGAAGGGAUCCUUGGGCGACACCGCAGCAGAACAACUCAAAAAGCGCAGAGAUUAUGCCCGAGCGACAGCGCGGUUGGCUCUGGCUGGCAAGUCUCCCUCCGGGUUUUUGGAAAAAACAAAGUCACCAGUGGCGUCAGCUUCCAAGAGAAAGAACUUUUCGCGUGUCUUGAACGAGAAGAUGCAGAGCUGGAUGAAGAAAACUACUUAUUUGUCCAACGAUUACAGUCGAAAGGUUCACGACUUCAAGUCAUUGGUCAAGACCAAGGAAGAGCAGUCAAGAGACUUGGAGGUUCGACACCAAGAAGUUUCUCAGCGCCGUUCAGGAUCGGCCAUUACCAAAACGUUUCAAGAAUGCAAAAAGGCUGUCACGAAGCAUCCCAGCAAGAGAAAUCUCAAGCCAGUUUGCGAAAUGCCCUUUCUACCCAAUAUCGAACACUGGGCCAGCCCGUAUACACAUGUUGUUAUUGAUAAGGUGCCAGAUGAGAAGAUUGACAAGGCCUUUGUGGCCAAUGUCAAUCGCAAAGAUGCCAACUCCCGCAUGACCUGUCAAUUGUUUACUCCUACUGGGGAAGAAGAUAAUCAAUUCAGACCCAUUCAAAAAUACGAAUUGGAUGUUCUCCCCCUCAAGGAGGAAGAUACGCCACAUGUCAACUAUUGUAUCUGGAUCGAUGCGGCGGCCGAGGUCGCAAGCUACCUGCCCAUUUCUUCGAGAGUCCAAUUGUCUGGCGGUAGACCAAUCAAGAAGAGAAAUCAUAUCAUGAACAUUACCAGAAGGGCCAUGACGGAAGACGAAAAGCAUGAAGCGGACGAACGGCUGACCGAAGUGGACUACGACGUGGAACAAAAGUUAAAUCCAACCAGCAGCAGUACCGCAGGAAACAAGAUGACUGUCGACUCGGAUAGUGAUAGUGACGAUGGCCUUCUGGGGAAUACUACCAAGACGACGAUUGUUGCAGACUAA